AUCGUGCAGCCGGCAGCUUUAACGCAUAAACAUAUAGGCUGCACGGUGCGUGCGCGUGCAGAGAGCGACUCCAAUCACCGCCGCUGUUCUGGCUGAAUUUCCCCCUGACUGACGUCAGCUGACUCUCCGCUCCUCCGGACACAGCGCCGCGCAGAAAGAAAAAAAAGAAAAAAAAAAAAAAAAAAAAAUGCUGCUCUCGGUGCCGCCAAGGACAGGAAUCAGCCCGUACGGCGGUUACUCCGGCAAAAGCCACAAGAAGCAGACAUAUGUGGCCCCCUCCAACCAUCAGAUGGCUCCUCCAAGUCCCAACAGCAAUAGCAACGGCAACAGCAACACAACUACCUUCAACAACGGCAGUGGCAACAGCAACAGUGGAGCAGAGCAGCUCAGCAAAACCAACCUUUACAUCCGUGGCCUGCUUCCAGGAACCACAGACCAAGAUCUGGUCAAACUCUGUCAGCCGUAUGGAAAAAUUGUGUCCACCAAAGCCAUCCUGGACAAGACUACCAACAAAUGCAAAGGCUAUGGCUUUGUGGACUUUGACAGUCCAGCCUCAGCACAGAAGGCAGUGACAGCACUGAAGGCAGUUGGGGUACAGGCUCAAAUGGCCAAGCAACAGGAGCAGGACCCCACCAACUUGUACAUCUCUAACCUCCCGCUCUCCAUGGAUGAGUCAGAGCUGGAGAACAUGCUGAAGCCCUUCAGUCAGGCCAUUUCCACUCGUAUCCUCCGCGACUCCAACGGGACCAGCCGAGGGGUGGGCUUUGCCAGGAUGGAGUCAACUGAGAAAUGUGAGGCCAUCAUCCAACAUUUUAAUGGAAAAUAUAUCAAAACUCCUCAUGGGGUUCCAGCGCCGACAGAACCUUUGUUGUGUAAAUUUGCUGACGGAGGCCAGAAGAAGCGUCAGAGUCAAGGCAAAUAUCUUCAGAACGGUCGUUCCUGGACAAGAGAUUCGGAGUCUGGAGGAAUGACUCUCACCUAUGAUCCCACCACUGCCCUACAGAACGGGUUCUAUUCCUCUCACUAUGGCCUUGCACCUAAUCGGAUGAUCGGACCAGCCUCCCUCUCCCCAUACAUGCCUUCCCCUGUGUCCACCUACCAGUUACACAAUCCGUCCUGGCUACAUCAUCAGUCAUACAUCAUGCCUCCUACAGGAGCAGUCCUCGCGUCAGGAAUGGAGCACUCCAUGUCCAUCCAGCCAACCUCCAUGAUGGGACCUCUGACACAGCAGCUCAGUCACCUUUCAAUGGGCAGCAGUGGCACAUAUAUGCCUGCGAAUGCAUCUAUGCAGGGUCCUUACUUGCCCCAAUACACUCAAGUGCCUGCCACCAACAUCUCAGUGGAGGAAAGUGCCGUCCAACAGCCUGUUCCUAUUGGUACCCCAACAGAACACACAGCGUACUCCUACCAGCAUAACAAAUAAAGAGAUCUUUUCUUCUGGAGCCUGGAGUGACUGUCCAAGGAGCCAAAGUGCUGAAACCAGGCUUUGAGUCUUUCCACAUAAGGCGUCAGAAACUUGGAGAUCAGGCAGACAUGGACUGUUCCACAUAAUGGACAAAAAAAAAAAAGAGAGAGAGACAUUUUCCAUGAACUUAUAUUUCAAACCAAACUGGAGAAUAGUGGGUAAAACGGGACGCCCCGAACAAGAAGCGUCUAUUUUGAUAAGAAGUCCAACACACUACACACUUUCAAGGUUUUACAUCCCGCAUAUGGAUUUCCGAUGUUACGCCAGUGACCUAGAAGGAACCCAGCAAAAAAAUAAUAUGUUUUGUUUUGACAUUUUGUAAAGUAUGCUGAAAUUCCUUCCCCUAUUUGUCUGAUAUUCUCAGAUGUCUAACUGCCUUUUUGUAAAUUGUUUUUCCAGUUUUGGCUUUUCUUUUCUUUUUCUUUUUCUUUUUUAGUUCUGAUAGGUGCAAAUAUUUGAUUGAAGUACUUUUAAGCUGACAGCUCUUUUAUUCUCUUGGACAGGUGGCAAGUUUACCAGUCAAAAAGCCCUUUUUAAGCUGGUGUGGCUCAAAUUAUUUAUAGUCUCAACAAAGCUUCAGACAAUCACACAAGACGAGUUCAAGAUAGGGAAAAAACUUUGAUGACAGAUUUGUCUCUGGUGAAUUCCUGUAAGAGAAUGGCAUAGAUUUAAAGCAUUCCAGAUGCAGAGGCAUGCAAAAACAACAUUUUUUUUAAAUUUCUUGUUGCAUGCAUGUAGCUCCACAGCCAAAGGACACGACUCACAAAAGUCAUAAACUUCAAACCAUCAUGUUUAAUUUAUCUUCAUGUAAGGAUUCCUAAGACAGGCAGAAAUGUGCUUUUCGUUCCUGCCUUUUUGAAGACUUCACUUUUGCAUGACAAUGUAUGAUCAUUUAUAAAGAAUAUUCACUCUGAGGUUUUCCACACAGUCCAAUCCAAAGCUGGUAAACAGGGAUCAAGGCACACAUAGCUGCCUGUAAAUAAGAGACACGUGCAUUCAGACUUCCUUUGGGUUUCCUUUAUCACCAAUGAAGACUCGCCUCAGUUAUUUUGCUCACGUCAGUCCAACUGCUCUGGAGUUUUUCUCACGUCCAUUUUAGAAAAGAUGAAGCCGAAUUUCUCCAGAACCCCAUGAAAUGGAUUCUAAGAAACAGGAAUGAGAUGCUUGCAAUUAGAGUGGCUCUGAUCUGUUUUAUCUAAACAAAAAAACAACCAAAAAAGAACACUAUUAAGGUGAUUUUUUUGUUUGGGCCAGUAUAAAGAAGCUUUAAAUCUGUAUUGGCCUUUGCUGUAAGUUUGCCUAAUUUGGUUUUAACCUUUGUCGUUUGAAACAUUUAUUUAAAGGUUUUCUUUUUUGUGUAUACUUUAAAAAAAAAGUUCCUGUCUUUCAGAGGCUUUGAUUUUAUUUUUGAUAGGGUGUUGUGUUGAAAAGUAGAUUGAAGAGAUUUCCUUUUUUUUUUCCUUCUUCUUUUUCUUCAAAUAGUGAUUAUUUGUAUGUUGUUUGAGUUUCUCUAUUGACGUAAAAAGGCUUUAAUACGCUCAGAGACACUUUUCAUUCCGUCUUGUGUCACACAUGCUGGCACUUUGCAAGCCUGACUCCAGAUCACUUGUCAUGCCAGAUUCAGAUUGUUACACAGUUGAAACCAAUGCAGUUGGGAUCAGUGAGAAAAGAAAAAAAAAAUCCUCAAAACCUCAACUUACCUCAUUCUUCUCAAGCAAUGUAGUCUUAGUACUGUGUGUAAGGUUUAAAGGCGGUCACCACCUAUAGACUGCUCACAGCUGGUACUGUGUCCUCAUCCUUUAGCCCAUCUGUCCAUUCUUCUGAAACUAUGCCUGAUGUCUGGUGAUCUAUGCAAUUAAUUUAUUAUCCGAGUAAAUGCAAUACUAAAAACACCCAAAAGACACCUCAGAUUGUUUCACUUUUACGGCUUCACGUUUUCCUUUUUUUACACGCAUUUUUGGGCUUAUGCUCUUCAAAGUAGAGAAACUGAAGGUUUCUCUACUUUACUUCUCUAUAAAGAGUGAAGUAAUGGUUUCCCUGCCACUCUCCUUCCUGUUGCUGUGCACUGGAAGGAGAGUGCACAGCAACAGCCAGAUGACCGCCGGUCAUCUGGCUAAAAGAAGGCUACUUUUCCCCAUACUGACGAAAAAUACCAAUUCAGACCAAGGUGUGGAAAACUAAAGAAUGCCACCCCAAUAAGCACUCCCAAUCAGUGCUUAUUUAAAGCUUUGAGCAGGAUGGCUAAGCAGAAGCAGUUAUAUUAUGUUAUUUAAAAAAAAAAAUUUAAUUGCUUCAGUAAUGUAAUUUUACCAUUGAAUAAUAGUACUUUCAGUUGAGGUUUUCAUACCAUGAGAAUCUCAUCUCUGAUCCUGUCUGCAAAUCUGGUCCAGUCACUGUUGGCUGAGUUGCAACAUUAAAAGGGAACAAUGUCAAAUUAGAGGGUUUAAAAGAACUGCUGGAAAUGUAUGCAGUCUGAUAAAACAUGACAGGUGUAAUUUUAUAUGCACAUGACAUCAUUUGUGAAUUCAAUCCAUGCAGUUUCACGGUUUUCCGUUGAGAUAUGUAUUACAGUUUGUUGUAAUACAAGAUUUUGAACGUUUUCUUUGAAACAAGAAAUCAAUGUUCACUUAAAGAGACUGAAUGACUCAUUCAGAAAUGCCUUAGAUUUCACUCGCAGAGAUUGGAAAAUGCUACUCUGACUUACCAGGUUUCUUUUUCUGGGUUUGUUUUCAUGCACUGCAGAUGUUAGAAUUGUUGUCUCAGACCCAAACAUUGACGUAAAAAUGUUGGCUUGAGUACAUGUUCAUGCUGCUACCAAUUUGGGAUUUCUGACUCCUACCUAAAGGUCACUCAUUACACAUGAGGUCAACUUGUAAACUUAUUUUAAUGUCCAUGAAUGCUUGUGUGCUGCAUCACUUUCUCCUCAGUAAAGCUUGUGCCAUGAUGCAGGAUUUUUGUUCUGCCGACACGAAGGGGAAAGCAUCCCUAAUUUGAAGUUGUUGCUUGGUUUGAGAUUUUCAAUAAAUUGUUUUUCACUGUA